AUGUCGCUGAAUAUCACGCUGACGGUCUCACUCGAUAUCUCGGUAGAUAUCGCGCUAGAGAUAUCUCGCGUGAGAUCAUCAGCGCGAUGUCAUGCAAGAUAUCCAGUGAGACCGUCAGCGCGAUAUCCAGUGAGAUCAUCAGCGCGAUGUCAUGCAAGAUAUCCAGUGAGACCGUCAGCGAGAUAUCCAGCGAGAUCAUCAGCGCGAUGUCAUGCAAGAUAUCCAGUGAGACCGUCAACGAGACAUAAACCGAGAUAUCUAGCGAGAUCGCCAGCGCGAUAUCCAGUGAGAUCAUUAGCACGAUGUCAUGCAAGAUAUCCAGUGAGACCGUCAGCGCGAUAUCCAGUGAGAUCAUCAGCGCGAUGUCAUGCAAGAUAUCCAGUGAGACCGUCAGCGAGAUAUCCAGUGAGAUCAUCAGCGCGAUGUCAUGCAAGAUAUCCAGUGAGACCGUCAGCGAGAUAUCCAGCGAGAUCAUCAGCGCGAUGUCAUGCAAGAUAUCCAGUGAGACCGUCAGCGCGAUAUCCAGGGAGACCAUCGAUGAGAUAUCAACCGAGAUAUCUAGCGAGACCGUCAACGAGAUAUCCAGCGAGACCGUCAGUGCGAUAUCCGUCCGAUUACCCUCUUGCAUGA